AGGCGGGGGCGGGGGUGGGGGUGGGGAACGCUCCUUUUUUGGGGGGUCUUGGAGGCGCGAAGCCCCGAGGCGCUCUGGGGGUUGGCUGCGCCCCUCGCUCGGAGCUCCCCGUGUCUUUUGGGGGGCCGGGUGCGGGCGCGGAAUCCGGGAGGUGUCCGCACAAAAGGCCGAUAGAAACUCCGCGACGCCUCCCUCCCUCCCUCCCUCCGCCCUCCCCGCCCCCUCCCCUCGCGCCCGCUCCUCCUCAUUCAAACCCGGCCGGCCCCAGUGGUGUCAGCUCAGUCCCGGCCGCCGCCGCGCGAGGAAAUGGCCGAGGAGCCGGAGCCGCAGGGUUUGGAAAUCUCUUGUCUCCAGGUUGCUGGGAUUGACUUCUUGCUCAAUUGAAACACUCAUUCAAUGGAGACAAAGAGAACUAAUGCUUUGUGCUGAUUCAUAUUUGAAUCAAAGCACUGGGGAAUCUGUAUGCCUUGUUUGUGGAAAGAACCAGUGAUACCACCAGUGAGCUUCCUAAAAGUUCUGAAGAAGUUAUAGGACUAUACACUUUCUUUUGAACUUUUAUAAUACAUAUUUGCUCUACGUCUGAAGCCCAGGGCUGUUGAAGGGGGUGAGUGACAAGUGUUACAAGUGGCCUUAUUCCAACUCCAGAGAUUCCCCAACGGAACUUUGAGAUUAUCUUAUAUGCAAUCGAAAGUGACAGGAAACAUGCCAACUCAAUCCCUCUUGAUGUACAUGGAUGGGCCAGAAGUGAUUGGCAGCUCUCUUGGCAGCCAGAUGGAGAUGGAUGAUGCCUUGUCAAUGAAAGGGGCCGCUGUUGUUCCAUUCAGAGCGACGCAAGAAAAAAAUGUCAUCCAAAUAGAGGGGUACAUGGCCUUGGAUUGCAUGUUCUGCAGCCAGACUUUCACGCAUUCAGAAGACCUUAAUAAACAUGUCUUAAUGCAGCACCGGCCCACGCUUUGUGAACCAGCCGUUCUUCGGGUCGAAGCAGAGUAUCUUAGUCCUCUUGAUAAAAGUCAGGUGCGGGCAGAACCUCCCAAGGAAAAGAAUUGCAAGGAAAAUGAAGAAUUCAGCUGUGAUGUGUGCGGGCAGACAUUCAGAGUCGCUUUUGAUGUUGAGAUGCACAUGAGGACACACAAGGAUUCUUUCACUUACGGGUGCAGCAUGUGUGGCAGAAGAUUCAAGGAGCCUUGGUUUCUUAAAAACCACAUGCGGACACACAACGGCAAAUCGGGGGCCAGGAGCAAAUUGCAGCAAGGCUUGGAGAGUCCAGCAACCAUCAACGAGGUCGUCCAGGUCCAUGCGGCCGAGAGCAUCUCCUAUCCUUACAAAAUCUGCAUGGUUUGUGGCUUCCUAUUUCCAAAUAAAGCAACUCUAAUUGAGCACAACAAGGUGCACAGCAAAAAACCUGCUUCCGGUCCCAGCAGCACACAGACUGACUCUCCACCAGAGGGAAUGUCAUCUUCGAGGGAAGAGUUCCUGCAGUUUUUAAACUUAAGACCAAAAUCUCGCCCCGUAACCGGGAAGAAGCUUGUCAACUGCGUACCUCAGCUCGAUCCAUUCACCACCUUCCAGGCUUGGCAGCUGGCUACCAAGGGCAAAGUGGCCGUUUGCCAAGAAGAAGUGAAGGAAUCGGGGCAGGAAGGAAGCACCGACAAUGACGACUCGAGUUCCGAAAAGGAGCUUGGAGAAAUUUGGGGCGCGAAUAAGAGCAACUCGGAAGGUUCUGGAAAGGCCAAAACAAGUAAGGGCGGUUGUACAGGCCUCUCGCAAGAUAAAGAGAAGUGUAGACCCUCCAACGGGGAGGCGCCUUCUGUGGAUGCGGAUUCCAAGAUAACCAGCAGCAAAGAGAAGCCCACCCACUGCUCUGAGUGUGGCAAAGCUUUCAGAACCUACCACCAGCUGGUCCUGCACUCCAGGGUCCACAAGAAGGACCGGAGGGCCGGUGCCGACUCGCCCACCAUGUCCGUGGAUGGGAGGCAGCCCGGGACGUGCUCUCCUGACCUCGCCACCCCGCUGGAUGAAAAUGGAGCCGUGGAUCGAGGGGAAGGUGGUUCUGAAGAUGGAUCUGAGGAUGGGCUUCCCGAAGGAAUCCAUCUGGAUAAAAAUGAUGAUGGAGGAAAAAUAAAGCAUCUUACAUCUUCAAGAGAGUGUAGUUAUUGUGGAAAGUUUUUCCGUUCAAAUUAUUACCUCAAUAUUCAUCUCAGAACACAUACAGGUGAAAAACCAUACAAAUGUGAAUUUUGUGACUACGCGGCAGCCCAGAAGACAUCUCUGAGGUAUCACUUGGAGAGACACCACAAGGAAAAACAAGCCGAUGCUGCCGCCGAAGCCAAGAGCGAUGGUAAAAAUCAGGACCCUGAAGAUGCACUAUUAACUGCCGACAGUGCGCAAACCAAAAAUUUGAAAAGAUUUUUCGAUGGUGCCAAAGAUGUUACAGGCAGUCCACCUGCAAAGCAGCCGAAGGAGACGCCUUCGGCUUUUCUGGGCAGUGCUGUCCUCUCACCAGCACACAAAGAUACUCAGGAUUUCCGUAAAAAUGCAGCUGAUGACAGUGCUGAUAAAGUGAAUAGAAACCCCACCCCUGCUUACCUGGACCUGCUAAGAAAGAGAUCAGCGGUUGAACCUCAGGCAAAUAACCUCUGCAGAAGCCAGGCGGAGGUCAUUCCUCCUCCGGAUGGCAGUGCCACCCGUAACCUUGACGUUAGCCCCAAAGAGAAGCCAGUGGAGGGCGCAGCUGACGGCAGACACAGGCCAAGUGUGGACUGUCAUGAAAAACCUUUAAACUUAUCCCUGGGGGCAUUUCACAAUUGCCUGGCAAUUUCUUUGAGUAAAAGUUUGAUUCCAAGUAUCACCUGUCCAUUUUGUACCUUCAAGACAUUUUAUCCAGAAGUUUUAAUGAUGCACCAGAGACUGGAACAUAAAUACAAUCCUGACGUUCAUAAAAACUGUCGGAACAAGUCCUUGCUCAGAAGUCGGCGCACCGGAUGCCCGCCAGCGCUGCUGGGGAAAGACGUGCCUCCCCUGUCUAGUUUCUGUAAACCCAAGCCCAAGUCUGCUUUCCCAGCGCAGUCCAAAUCCCUGCCAUCUGCGAAGGGGAAGCAGAGCCCCCCUGGGCCCGGCAAGGCCCCUCCGACUUCAGGGACAGACUCUAGCACUUUAGCCCCAAGUAACCUGAAGUCCCACAGGCCACAGCAGAAUGUUGGGGGCCCCGGAGCCGCUGCCAGACAACAGCAAUCUGAGCUGUUUCCUAAAACCAGUAUUUCCCCUGCACCGGAGAAGACGAAAAGACCCGAGACCAAGUUGAAACCCCUCCCGGUAGCUCCUUCUCAGCCCGCCCUUGGCGGCGGCAGCAUCAAUGGUUCCAUUGACUACCCUCCCAAGAACGACAGCCCGUGGGCACCUCCAGGGAGAGACUAUUUCUGUAAUCGGGGUGCCAGCAACACUGCCGCUGACUUCAGCGAGCCCCUUCCAAAAAGACUGAAGUCCACCGUGGUUGCCCUUGACGUCGACCACCAGCCUGGAGCCAAUUACAGAAGAGGCUGUGACCUUCCCAAGUACCACCUGGUCAGAGGCAUCACGUCGCUGUUGCCGCAGGAUUGCGUGUACCCGUCGGCGGUGCUGCCCCCCAAACCCAGGUUCCUGAGCUCCAGUGAGGUCGAGUCUACAAAUGUGCUGACUGUUCAGAAGCCUUACGGUGGCUCUGGGCCGCUCUACACUUGCGGACCUGCUAGUCCAGCCUCCAGCUCAAUGUUAGAAGGAAAAAGGCCUGUGUCAUAUCAACACUUAUCUAACAACAUGGUACAAAAGAGAAACUAUGAGAAUUUUAUUGGGAACGCACAUUACCGUCCAAAUGACAAAAAAACUUGAUUCACUAAUUUGGGGGAUAAAAGGUCUUGGUGCACAUCAGGGCUUAAUCUCCAUGAAAUUGAAUUGUAGUUCAUCCUUUGAGAAGCGAAUGGUGAAAGCUACUGAAAUAAGCUGUGAUUGUACUGUACAUAGCACAUACAAGGAAUCUGCAAGGAACACUACAGUUUUGUAAAGUUGUUCUGUUAACUUUUGUACCAAAUAGCAAUAAAAUCUACUUGGAACUGUUGGAGCCUACAUACAUGGGGACUGGAUAGCUCUAUUUUGUCCCUGAAUAAUAUUUUUUUUAGAAUCGACCAAAUAAGAAGUGGAAUUUUUGCAUACUUGAGCGCUGCUGAAAAAUGAUUUGGGUUGGGGGGGGAUGGGGGAAAAGUAUAUAAUGCUUGCACCUCAGGUAAAAUUCUGUAAAUAUCUAAGUUGUAAACCUGCUUGUUCAAAUACUGUGUGUAUUCCUUUUCUCUAAUACAGCUCAUCACUUGGAGCAGUUUCUGCUAUUGUGCUCUUUCAUUUAAAAUGUAUUUUUUUUUUUUUUUAAACUCUCAAUGAUUUUGUAUUAUGUUGAAUCCUCUGAAAUCUGUUGUUGUCUUAAAAUUGUUAAUGGAAGUAUUGACCCUCUAUGAAUAUGUGCUGCAGAUAAGGAGGUCAGCCAUUCUGAAUUUGGCAGCAUUUUAUUGCAAGUUUCAGCAUGUAGCUGGGGAAGGCACCUUCUUCCUUGCCUCUCCAGAUUGUCCUGGAACCUCCAGAUCCUUGACUGAGGGGGUUGGGAUGGCUUACAUGAUUUUUAAGUGAGUGUGUCUACAGAGAAGCGUUUUCUCUGUAGAGGAGAGCCACACAUCGUGUAAACAUAAGAAACUGUAUGUGCAGUUACUUAAAUUUGUUUCUAUCAAAUCAUUUUUUUUUUUUUUUGAAAGUUGAGUGUUUGGGGGUAUUUGCCUAAAUUAGCAUAUAAAAACAUAAAUGCUAAAUUAUACAUGUGGAUUGCAGAUUUUGGAAACAGUUUUAAGAGAAAGUUUUUGGGGAACGUUUUAGGUUUGUAUGUGGUAGUUUUAGUGUGUCUGGCAUUUGGGUGAGCUGUGGACAGACACACUAGAGUUGGUUAUAGACACAUUGAUUCUGAAGAAGGAACUGCUGGCUGAGCCUCCUGGGAGUCGAGAAAGAGAAAAUCUGUUUCUGGACCUCAGUUUACCUUCCCAUUUUGGGUUGCUUGGGAGCAGUAACAUUUUUCUCAGUGCACAUGCAAUUUGGGUUUUAGAGAAGAUCGCCACCAGCUGGCUUCCUAGAUAUUUUAAAUUUUUGUUCUUUAAUGUGCUGGCCAUGGCUGAGUUUAAUAAGUACAUGGGCUUAGCGACCACAAAAGACUUGUUAAGAAACUGUUUCAAAAAUAAGUUUGCACUGUUCAUUUUUCUGGCCUUCCUCUUCUCCAUAGAGCAAGGGUAAAGUUCUAGAAGAAUCUUUUUUUUUUUAAUUAUGCAACGUAAGGUGUCCUUGAUAGGAAUCUUAGCUCCUGUGUUACAACAGAGAACUAAUUUGAGAUCAGUCUGCUGGCAUUGCAAUGAAGUGCUUUGUAUCAGGAAAGUGUACACUAUUGACCUUUUUUCCUGUUCACAAGCUGAGCCAUAUGUACAUAAUCUAGAUUUUGUUUUCAUAGUUUUGCACUUUUAUAGCCUAUUUUUGAAGAUUAACACAUUUGCAAGAUGAUUGACUCAAUCUUUGCUUAAUCCAAUGAGUGUUACAGAGAGCUUGCUGUGACUAGAAACGUAAAUCUUAAAAGGGGGUUUGUGAUGAUAGAGGGCUGGAAUUUAAACCUGCAUUUAAAAAAAAAAAAGAAUCACCAAAUCUAUUUGAAAACAAGUCAGUUUGUGUCAUGCUGGAAUUUUUUGGGCUUUCAAAUUUGUCUUUUUAACCACAUUUUUGAAUGUAUAAAAAUACCAAUUAUUUUCCUACAGCCCUUUGUACUUCAAAAUAUGUUUUUGUGUCCAUCAGUAUUAACUAUUGGUAUACUACUGGUUUUAUAUGUGUUUUUUUUCUUUGAGACAACAGUACAUAUAAUAGAGGUACAAUUUGUGGGAUUUUUGUUUAUGUAUUUAUUUCAUUCCAGUUUGAUUUAUUUUAAUUGUUGAUAAGUUGUCAAACAGUAGACAUUACUUGUUUUAUUUAUGAUAUAUUUCAGCUUAAAGUUAUGAUAUGUGGAAGUGUAAAUAUAGAUUUGGUGUUUUGCAA